AUGCAAUUCGGGAAUGCCACCUAUCUUGAUGAUUACACACUUAAUCAAAUGUUAAUAGAAAUACAAAAUACACAACAACAAAAGAGUGAUAAUGAAUCGGAAAACUAUGAAGAAGAAGGUACUGAUAAUGAUAAUGACUUACAAUUUUUGAUCAAUUUAAAAUUGCUUUGUUUGUUUAUUGAAGAAAUACGAAGUUUAAAUGAAACUCUCAAAUCCGAAGCUUUUUCUUUUCAUGAUGAUGUUAAAAUACAGGAACGUCAUGGACCAACAAUUACAACAACAGCGUCUUCGUUCACAAUAAAUGAAUGUGAAAGUAGUGGUGAUGAUUUGGAAAAAGGAGACAAAACAAAAUGUAUGUGUUUGCUAUAG